CUUCUCGGUCCUUUUCCUUUCUUUUCUUCUUUCAAGCGCGUUGACUAUCAUUCAUAUUUGCCAGUUUGUCUUUUUAUGUCCUUCCUUUUAAUUUCAUAUUAUUCAAUUUUCUUUUUUAAUAUACUAACCCUCAUUUCCCUUCAUUGUCAAUUCCUUCCGCUACCCUCCCUUUUUUAAGUUCAAUUGGCUGUCACCAGCAUCCAGGUCCUCCAGUUCUUAUAUGCAUACGAGGCGCCAGUGAACGAUCAGUACCCCUGUGUACUGCGCUAUAUGAUAUCCCUAGUACCCGAGUAAACACCGUGUGGCAAAUACCACGCAUGAACUGUCGCUCAUCUACCCCCUCGAAACUUCACAAUGAGAUGCGGCUUUAGGUUAGCAUUAUGCGCAUGCCUACUACUCAUCGUCCCACUAUACCUAUUAAAACUCCACCUAGAGGAAAUAUGCAGUCAGUAUCGCGCAGGCGCAUACUUAAUAGAUUGGCUGAACUCCAAGGUUCCCCACCAUGAGGGCUUAUCCCACUACCACGCAAAACUAGGGGACAAAGUGAUUGUGAUGGCCAGACUGGAAGAAGAACCCACCGAAUGGGUCGAGCAAGAACUUCCUGACUGGCAACGUGCGAUAUACAUUGUCAACCCCUCGAAUAAAACCAAAGCAGACAAACACAAACUGAAAACCACCCUCAACAAGGGCCACGAAUCUAUGGCCUACCUCACGUAUCUGAUUGACCAUUAUGACAACCUUCCUUCCACAAUCGCUUUCCUCCACGCCCACCGCGCCGGCUUCUUCAUGGCCUGGCAUGUCGAUGCGCCUUUGCACGACAAUGUAGCCGCGAUGCGCGCUUUACAGCUUGAUUUCAUUCAACAGAACGGUUAUGUCAACCUCCGUUGCAAUUGGAACCCCGGAUGCAAGGAGGAACACCGCAUGAAUCGCCAUGUAACGCAACAGGUCUGGGAAGAAGUAUUCGAAGGGACCAGCACCCCGCCUCUAAACACAACCACUUCACCCGCCAUUACAGACGACCCCUCGUCAGAGAACCGUCAAACCCAGAAAUUCCUCCAAGCACCCCAACUCGUCGGCGCAGCAUGCUGCGCGCAGUUCGCUGUGUCACGCGAACAGGUCCUGAAACGACCCCGAGAAGACUACGUCAAGUUCCGCCAAUGGGUCAUCGACACAGAAAAGGACGACGCCAGUAGCGGACGAAUCAUGGAAUUCCUCUGGCAUGUCAUAUUCGGCAAGGAGUCCGUAUACUGUCCAGACGAGGAACUCUGCUACUGCCAAGUAUACGGCAAAUGCUAGGACGUUCGCGUUCCUAAGAUACAUAUAUAUUGUACACCAGCCACGAUCAUCUUAUUUUGUGGGUUUUCCCGCAGAUAUUUAUCCCAUGUACUCUCUUUAUUCUUUUAAGCAUGCAUUUCUGGGAUUAGACAGGCGUUGUUAGAGGACUUUCGUCCGUUCGGAUAUACCCGUCUGAAUCAUCUUUGUUAUUUCUUCCGGUACGGUUUAGAAAGCAUGUGAGUAUAUUGAAAUAUAUUUUCUAUCUGUUUCAUACUACUGCGCAACUACAACAUUGUUGGUAUAGUGACUUAGUGCGGUAACAGACCUCCCACUAUGAUUUCGGAUUUAGGGUAAAGAUACAUCGACGAGGGUCAAAAGUCGCCUCAGCGACUUAUGCCAGAUAUGAAAUCCGGAAUUCUCUAGUUUACUGUUACAGAGUCAGAUAGCCUAUGCUUUAUUG